CUGCAGCAGAUCGGGGAAAGCGACACUGACCCUCGGUUCCAGAUGCCCGAAAGUCGGCGUGCUUGGAUCCCGCCCUCCUCAGACCCAAAGACGGACAUGCUGAUGCAACUGGCCAAGGCUGUGGCCAGCGCCGCCGCUGCGCUGGUGCUGAAGGCCAAGAACGUGGCCCAGAAAACAGAAGACUCAGCCCUGCAGACGCAGGUGAUUGCAGCUGCCACACAGUGUGCCCUCUCCACCUCCCAGCUGGUGGCCUGCACCAAGGUAAGCACCACCCCUCACCUUGCUUCUACUGAGACUAGAAGUCUCUCUUUCCUCUGA